AAUAUGAACUUUUCGAUAACUUAUCGAAUUCAAUAAAUACUUUCUUUUUAUAAUUUGUACAAAAAAAGUCUUAUAGAUAUUAAAAGCAAUAUAAUGGCAGGCAAUGAUAUUAAAGUAAUGGCAAAGUCAAUUGUAUGUGAGGACAGCAUAUUGCAGGGUGACAUCACUAUUUUGCCGGGAUGUGUAAUACAUCCAAGCGUAACAAUCAUAGCAGAGGCGGGCCCUAUUAUAUUGGGCGAAAAUUGCAUAGUGGAAGAGUACGCAUCAAUAGUAUAUCGCCAACAAAUGAAAACUUCCAGUACCGGAAAUGCCAGUUCUGCAACUCCGCUUGUUAUUGGGGCUAACAAUGUUUUUGAAGUAGGAUGCACAGUUGAAGCUCAUCGUAUUGGUGAGAAAAACGUUUUUGAAUGCAAGUGUUAUGUAGGGCCAAAUGUUGGAAUCUCUAGUGGAUGUAUUAUUGGUGCGGGGGUACAAAUAGAAUCUGCUCAGGACUUACCCGAGAAUACUGUUAUAUAUGGGAAGGAGUGUUUACAACGUGAAGCAAUGGAUAAACAUGGGACACAAACAUUGCAAAUUGACUUCUUGCGAAAAGUACUACCAAAUUAUCAUCAUUUGCGCAAGCAAAAUCACGAUCCAAAAAAAUCUCGGAACGCUGUUUAAAUCAAAAA